AUGGUUGCGUCGCCCUCCUCGCUGUCUGUGUCCAGUACGCCCCUGCACGUCCUGGCCCACGCGUCCACACAGGAGCGGAAACGCAGCGUUUCCGUCUCUGCUGAACGGCCUGCGAAGCGGAAGAUCGUAAAGGUGACACGAGCCUGUGAUAUCUGCAAGUCCCAUGAGGACAAGGCCAGCGGGCGCUUCCAGAUGGAUGAAGAAGCUUCGAUGGAGCAUACCGACGCGUUGUUCUCCGAUGCGUCCGCCCUUGUGCAGCAGGAGACAGCAAGCCCAACACUCGAGUCCGCGCAAGCUAGACUUAUUCAAGUGCUGUAUCUUCUCACAACGUCGCGGUUUAAUCAGGCGUGGUACGUCUUUGGCACAGCCAUCCAGCUCAUAUCAGCACUUGGACUCCAUCGAAGAGCAGGACGAAAACCACGGGAGGUUCCUAAGGGGAAUUAUAUCGAAAUGCAGCUUCGCAAAAGAACAUUCUGGAGCGCAUAUAUCUUGGACAAAUAUCUUGGCGUCAUCUUCGGCAGACCAAGACACUACAACGACGAGGAUAUCGACCAGGAGGCACCAGACAGCGUGAACGACGAGGACAUGACUCCGACGGGCCCGAUAGCAUCACACCAACGUGGCAAGAAAGACUGCCAUGUCGAUGCCCUGAUUUAUCAUUCCAGGAUUGGGACUAUCAUCAGCGAAGCGGCCAGGACCGUGUACUCGAUUAAACAGAUAUCACAUAAGGAGCGCAUAACGGCAGCCCACCGCCUCGGCAAAGACCUCCAACGGUGGCGGGAAAGCCUGCCUCCAUACCUUGGCUCCAUCCACCCGUCCAGCUUGAUACCGACGUUCCGUCGGCAGUCGAUCACACUUCGAAUUGCCUACUGCCACGCGAUCAUGCACAUCAACCGCCUGUUCCUCCUAGGCAAAGUCAGUUCUGGGAGCGAACCUCAGAUACGUGAGGCUAUCAUCGCAGCAACGACCGUGCUCGAGACCGUGGACGAAAUGGUGAACGAGCAGGGAACGAUCUUUCACGCGUUCUGGUGGACACAUUACGUCGCCUUCUGUGCCCUGGCAAUAGUGUACGCCUGGGAAGUCCAGAGCCGGAAGACGCAGCCAAACGUGGCUCUCGACGCCGGGAUCUCCCACUCAGAGCUGAUGGCACUGGCUGAAAAAUGCCACAAACACCUCGCGCAGGCUACGGCAUCCAAUUCGCCCAGCCGAAGGUACAGCCUGAUCUUGGAGAAGUUGCGAAGAGAGGCGAUACGGGGAAACAUGACGAGGCAUGCCCCUUCGGCGAACGUCCGUAGGGAGACGGAGGAGGGGGCCGAGAUAAGAGGGACCCCUGUGCAUUCACAUGCGACCCCUGGCCAGACGCAAGAAGCGCCAUUUCCCAGUCCAGCAAGUCGCCCUCAGAGUGCGAUGGAGCUGAACUCCACGCCGCAGAAUGGCUUUGGGGCCACGUUUGAAGAAAUGAACUGGUCAUUACACGAGUGGCAAAGCGAGGACUGGUUGAACUUAGACUCAAUGGCAUUCGGUACUUUCUCGGAGAGCUAUGAUGCCCCGUUCGUGUGGAAUACGGAAACAACCAUGUAG